AUGCGUUGGUCUGUUCUCGAUACAGCGUUACUAGCUGUAAUUUCCUUCCAUCUAAUUAAGGCUCCAUUCACCAAAGUCGAAGAAAGUUUUAAUAUCCAAGCCAUUCAUGACAUUCUAACCUACAGUAUAUUUGACAUUUCGCAAUAUGACCACUUGAGAUUUCCUGGUGUAGUCCCAAGAACAUUCGUUGGUGCUGUGAUUAUUGCAAUGCUUUCCAGACCUUAUCUUUACAUCAGUUCUCUGUUGCAGACCGCCAGGCCCACUUCCAUAGACGUCCAGUUAGUCGUUAGAGCUGUUGUAGGCCUUACCAAUGGACUUUCUUUCAUUUAUUUGAAGAAUGCUCUACAGGAUAUGUUUGACAAGGUUACGAAAGAGCAAAAGGAAAAAAAUGAGGAAAAGGACAUAUGCAUUUAUGAUAGUGCUGGUUCAUGGUUCCUUUUAUUUUUAAUUAGUAGUUUCCAUCUGAUGUUCUACAGCACUAGAACUUUGCCCAAUUUUAUCAUGACCUUACCUUUAACUAAUGUUGCUUUGAGUUGGGUUUUGUUGGGUCGUUAUAAUGCUGCUAUAUUUCUAUCCGCAUUUGUUGCAAUUGUAUUUAGAUUGGAAGUUUCAGCUUUGAGUGUCGGUAUCGCUUUAUCUUGUGUUAUAUUCAAGAAAACCACCCUAGUCGAUGCAAUUAAAUUCGGUAUCUUUGGCUUAGGACUCGGUUCCGCAAUUGGCAUUACCGUUGAUUCAUAUUUCUGGCAAGAAUGGUGUCUACCCGAGGUGGACGGAUUUUUGUUCAACGUUGUGGCAGGAUAUGCUUCCAAAUGGGGCGUUGAACCGGUAACUGCUUAUUUCACACACUACUUGAGGAUGAUGUUUAUGCCGCCAACUGUUUUAUUAUUAAACUACUUCGGCUAUAAGCUGGCCCCUACCAAACUAAAGAUUGUUUCAUUAGCAUCCCUUUUCCACGUUAUCAUCCUAUCCUUCCAACCUCACAAAGAAUGGAGAUUUAUUAUCUACGCUGUCCCCUCCAUCUUGUUGUUAGGUGCCACAGGGGCCGCACAUCUAUGGGAAAAUAUGAAAAUAAAAAAGGUCACUAAUGUUCUAUUCUUGACAAUAUUGCCCUUGUCCAUAUUAACUUCUUUUCUUAUUUCAAUGGGAUUCCUAUAUAUUUCAAAAUUGAAUUAUCCAGGUGGUGAGGCUUUAGCUUCCUUCAAUGACAUGAUUGUAGAAAACGAUAUUACAAAUGUUACUGUCCACGUCAGCAUACCUCCUUGUAUGACAGGUGUUACUUUAUUUGGUGAAUUAAACUAUGAUGUGUAUGGUGUCAAUUACGAUAAGACUGAAAACUCCACAGUGUUGAGGGACAUGUGGCCAACUUUUGAUUUCUUAAUCACUCAUGAACCGACUGCAGUUCAAUUACCAUUCGAAAAUAUGACCACAGAUCAUUGGGAACUCAUUGGCACAACCAAAAUGUUCACUGGGUUUGAUCCAAAAUACAUUACCGACUUCGUUUUCCAGGAAAGGGCCAAUGUUUUCUCCCUUCUUAAACAAAUCAUUUUCGACAAGACUCCUGCUGUUUUCUUGAAGGAAUUGACUGCCAAUUCGAUUGUGAAAAACGAUGUCUUUUUCACCUACAAGAGAAUCAAACAAGAUGAAAGAACAAAUUAA